AUGGAUUCAUCUUUGUAUCUUCACAAGUUCCUGAUGAUCUUCUGUUGCUUUAAUCUUGCUAUUUUUACUAACUCUUACUCUUCUGCGCAGCCACUAUGCCAUGACGAUGAGAGAUCAGUCUUGCUGCAGUUCAAGCGUAGCUUUGACAUCAAGAAGUUUGCUUCUGCCAACAACCCUUCUGCUUAUCCGAAGAUCAAGUCAUGGAAGCUUGAUGGAAAUGCUAGCAAUUGCUGCUCGUGGGAUGGCGUGGAGUGUGACCACAACACCGGUCAUGUGAUUGGUCUCGACCUCAGUAGCAGCUUCCUCUAUGGUUCUAUCAACUCCAACAGCAGCCUCUUCAGCCUUGUUCACCUACGGAGGCUGAACCUCGCUCACAAUCACUUCAAUUAUUCUCAAAUUCCGACCGGAAUUGAAAAACUUUCGAAACUAAAGAGUCUCAACCUACACAACUCCUUUUUUUCCGGUCAGAUCCCUUCAGAGAUCUCCUCUCUUUCCCAAUUGACUUUCCUUGAUCUGUGCGGAUAUUUUGACCCAUAUUCUACUUCUACCGGACAUCUUUUGAAACUUGAAAAACUCAGUCUGAGAGACCUAGUUCAAAACCUCACCAACCUGAAAGAACUUGACCUCAGUGCUGUGAACGUAUCUUCUACGGUGCCACGUGCUUUAUCAAACAUGACCUCUCUGACAGGUCUUAAUCUUAGGAACUGUUUGCUUUAUGGUGAAUUCCCAAUGGGCAUUUUUCAUCUACCGAACCUACGAAUUUUACGCGUGUCAACCAAUGAAAACCUAUUUGGUUAUCUUCCUGAAUUUUCAUAUGGUAGUCCACUUGAGGAAUUGAAGAUUUCGAGGACAAAUUUUUCCGGAUUGCUUCCAAAUUCCAUUGGGAACCUUCAUUCCUUAAACGUGUUGGAAUUAGGAGAGUCCAAUUUGUAUGGGAUGCUUCCAAGCUCGCUAGGCAAUCUGGCCCAGCUCAUGUUUCUGGAUGUUCACGGAAAUAAUUUUUGGGGACAGGUUCCUUCAUCAAUAGCAAACUUAUCAAAACUCACUGUCUUAGGACUCAGUGGCGGUACUUUUGAUGCACGACCCCUUGGAAAGCUAUCAAAACUCGUUAUUCUAGUACUCGACAAUACGAAACUAAGGGAUGUAUUACCACAGUCUCUUGCGAACAUGACCCAGCUAUCUUUGUUGGUUCUCAUCCACAAUGAGUUAUUUGGUGAAAUCCCAUCUUGGCUUUCGAACCUCACCAGAUUAACCAUUCUAGACCUUUCAAAAAAUCAACUAUCUGGCAUGUUUCCCUGCUCAAUCUCUGAACUCAACCAUCUAGAAUCCCUAGAUUUCAGCUUUAACAGACUGCAAGGACCACUUCCUCUUCCACCACCAUCUGUCCUUUCUUAUAGAGUCGCUGGUAAUUUACUAACUGGAAAAGUCCCAACAUCAUUCUGCCAAAAUAGAGCUCUUUUUGCACUUGACUUGUCUGAUAAUAACUUAAGCGGGGCCAUUCCUCAAUGCUUGGCCAGUUCUAGUAGUGGUUCUCUGUUGAUGCUCAAUCUAAGUUACAACAACUUACACGGUACCGUGCCUCAAACGUUCAUGAGGGGAAUCAAGUUGAUUGACUUAAGUCAGAAUCAAUUGCAUGGGGGAGUACCACGUUCUUUGGCCAAUUGUACAACGCUUGAAAUUCUUCUUCUGGGAGAUAAUCAGAUCGAGGAUUUUUUCCCCUUUUGGUUGGGAUCUCUUCCUGAGUUACAGGUUCUUAUUCUUCGAUCUAACAGAUUCUAUGGUACCAUUGAGAAUCCUAAAACCAAUUUGAAGUUUCCGAAGUUGAGGAUCAUUGACCUCUCUCACAAUGGUUUCUUUGGUACAUUGCCGUCAGAGUACUUCCAGAACUGGAAUGCAAUGAAAGUGGUCGGGAAAGAGAAUUCAACAUAUAUGCAAGUGGAGAAACCACUAGCUACAACGGUGGAAAAUAUUGUUUAUUCAAGGGGUUUUACCUAUUCAAUAACUAUAUCCAGCAAAGGGACAAAACUACUUUAUGAGAAGAUCCAAAGUGUAUUUGUAGCUGUUGAUCUUUCAGACAACAAGUUCAGUGGUGAAAUUCCAGAAUCCCUUGGAAGUCUCAGUGGACUUCAAGCGCUAAAUAUUUCGGAAAACAACCUCAUUGGCAUCAUCCCGUCAUCCUUGGCAAAUCUACCGAACUUGGAAUCAUUGGACCUAUCUCGAAACCUGCUCUCAGGAAAGAUCCCUCAGCAACUGACCAAACUCACUUUCCUCUCAGUCCUAAAUGUUUCUCAUAACCGUCUCAUUGGCCCCAUACCUGGAGGUAAACAAUUCGAUACAUUUGAUAAUAGUUCAUAUGGUGGGAAUAUGGGAUUGUGUGGUGUCCCCCUGACGAUGUUAUGCGGAAAUUCUGAAGUGUCACCCCCACCACCACCGGCACAUAGCUCGCAAGGCGAUGAUUCAGAGUUUUCGAGGGGUAUCUACUGGAUGGUCAUAAUGAUGGGAUAUGGGAGUGGGCUAAUAGUUGGGUUGGUUAUUGGGCAAACGCUGACCACGAGGUAUCAUGAAUGGUUUGUUGUGAUCUUCGAAAGGGAAAAGAAAACUCAAAAGAGGCCGAAGAGGAAGGGGCGAAGAAACUAA